CCCGCAGCCUCCACACCCCCCCCCCCCCCCCUGCGCCGUCCUGCAGCCGCUAAGUCCCCGAGAGAGGCCCGGAUACUCGGAGUCCCCCACCAAUCCCGGAUCUCGGGGCUCCCUGGGGCCCGGGCCGAUUCCGGGGAGCCCUGCGAUUGCCCCCCCCCGAGUACCAUUGAGGGAAAGGAUCUGAAUCCGCCACCACCUCCGAGCAGGCCUCCAGGACCCCGGCGGCCGGGACGAUGGGCGCCGGGCCCUCGCUGCGGCGGCAGCAGCGGCCGUCCAUGGAGCCGCCGGUGGCCCUGGACUCGCUGCCCCCAGAGCUGCUGGUGCAGGUGCUGAGCCACGUGCCGCCUCGCGCCCUGGUGACCCGCUGCCGCCUGGUGUGCCGAGCCUGGCGCGAUGUGGUGGACGGCCCCUCCGUGUGGCUGCUGCAGCUUGCUCGAGACCGCAGCGCCGAGGGCCGCGCGUUCUACGCCCUGGCCCAGCGCUGCCCGUCCCAGGGCGAGGACCAGGAGGAGUUCCCGCUCUGCGCCCUGGCGCGCUUCUGCCUGCGCGCGCCGCUGGGCCGCAACCUCAUCUUCAAUUCCUGCGGCGAGGAGGGCUUCAGAGGCUGGGAGGUGGAGCACGGUGGGAAUGGCUGGGCCGUGGAAAAGAACUUGACACUCGUACCAGGGGCUCCUUCUCAGACCUGCUUUGUGACUUCCUUCGAAUGGUGUUUCAAGAGGCAGCUUGUAGACCUAGUGAUGGAAGGGGUAUGGCAGGAGCUGCUGGAUAGCGCCCAGAUCGAAAUCUGCGUGGCUGACUGGUGGGGUGCCCGAGAGAACUGCGGCUGCAUCUACCGACUUCGCGUCCGCCUCCUGGACAUGUACGAAAACGAAGUGGUCAAGUUCUCGGCCUCACCCAACCCCGUCCUUCAGUGGACUGAGAGGAGCUGCAGACAGGUCUCUCACGUCUUUACCAACUUUGGCAAGGGCAUCCGCUAUGUGUCCUUCGAGCAGUACGGCAGAGACACACGCUCCUGGGUGGGGCAUUAUGGAACCCUAGUGACCCAUUCCAGUGUCAGGGUCAGGAUCCGUUUGUCUUAGCCUUUUGGGACCCACUGCCCCACCCUGAUGGACCAUCAUCAGAAUCAAGCAUGGCUUUACAGCCCAGAACAUGACAUUCUACAUGUCCCAUGUACCCCAUUUGCUGCUGCUUCAGCAUGGUGACCUUCGUGUUGUGUGACAAACAAGGACCAACCAGGCAAUGGGUAGCUUCCUCCUCUUCCCAGAGGAAGGAAAGUCAUAUGACUGGGACAUUUCUUUGAUUCCUGGGCCUGGAAGUUGUUUCCUAGGGGUCAGUGGGGGUAGGUUGAGGCAAGAAAUCAAGGCUAGCCGGGCAUGGUGAUACAUGCCUGUAGGCCCAGCACUUGAGGAUCUGGGAGCUUUGAGGCCAAGUUGGAUUACAUAGUACAAAGUCUUUGGGAUUUAGCUGUGGGGUCUAGUACCUGGCCACCUCUGGGCAAUGUCUGUGUUCACUGCUCCAGUACCUCCUCUUUGACCAGAUUGGUACUGUGUCUCAGAGACCAGAUUCUCCCUCACCUCCUGCCAGGAAAUAAUACCAUCCUUUUUUGCCCUGUAUCCCAUCCUCCCAGAGCAAGGUAUGCUGUUAGGGGAGGCUCACCUCCCCUCCUUUCUGCCCAGCUGGGCAUGGCCAAGCAACUAGCUUAAUAAAAUUGGUGCUAAA